UAAAAAUAAUAUUCAUUAAUUAAAUAUUUUCAUUAAGUGAAAUAUUUUUACAGUCUUUUUUCAAAUUUCACAAUCAUGUCACAAUCUCCUUCCUGUCUUCAUAAAAGAUUUGUUGCUAUGGAAACUUGUCCCCCAUUUUUGAGCCCUUUACCCCGGAAGUCGCCAGCUGCUGACCUUUUCGCCAUUUUUCCUCCCCCAGGAUGGUGAAGUCUAGCAAUGGUAGUGUGCUUCUGAUUGGCGAGUACUCGUUGACUACGUCGAUCGGGUUGGUCAGGUUCAGGUAGGCGGAGUGAGAUUGGUUAAGAAUACCAGAGUAAGCCAAUCGGAGGCAGAGAAAGGCGGGCCAUGACUUCGCCAUCCUGGGAUAGAGAAUGUGGCCGUGCUGCAACAGAGCAAGUUGCUCCUGUUAGCUGUUCAGUUGACUCAACAGUCAGCUGCCUAAACGGACCGUCAGAUCUUCAUAGAGCGGCUGAACCAGCGGGAUGGACACCGACACGGCUUCACCGGAUGCCGCAGAAGACGUUGAGAUCAAACUGGAGCCAGACAGCGAUGUGGAGAUCCAGUCGUAUCCUGUCCUCAAGAGACUGUCCAUCGAACUGAUUGACUGCAGGGUGUGGCUGGAGGGGCGGGACUUCCUCUCUCUUGGUGAUCAUCCUCAGCUCUGUAACCAGAGACCGGGGCAGCGCCACCUGACAAAUACAGGCAGAAAGAUGGUCUACUGUUCUGAGUGUAAGAGAGGGUUCUACAAGCAGUCUCACCUGGAGGCUCACCAGAGAACCCAUCAGGGACAGAAACCCAAUCAGUGCUGGCAGUGUGGGAAGACCUACCCGACCCUGAUGAGCCUUGUUGUCCACCAACAGAUCCACGACCGCAAGCAGCCCUACCAAUGCUCAUACUGCGAUAAGACCUUUGCCCUGAAGAGGGACUGGAAGACCCACCACCGGACGCACUCAGGAACCAAACCUUUCAAGUGUUGGUUCUGCGGGGACGGCUUCAGCGAGCAGGACGAGCUCACCGAGCAUCUGGAAGUGCACAAAGGGGAGAAGUGUUACCACUGCAAAGUCUGUGGCAAGAUGUUCGUCUCUUACCAGGGCUUCAACUUUCACCGCAAGUCGCACAAGAACCAGAAGCUGCUGCCCUGCAUGAAGUGCAAUAAGACCUUCAGCAACCCUCAGAGCCUAAAGCUCCACCAGGUCACUCACUCCAACAGGAAACCACAUAAAUGUCCCACCUGCGGCAAAGGCUUCAAGCUGCUGAGCGGCCUGCGCUGCCACCAGAGGACCCACGAGGACCUGAAGGACUACCACUGCACCGAGUGUGGCAAGUGUUUUUCCAGCCUGCAGGGUCUGAAGCUGCACAACCGUACGCACACCGGCCUGAAGCCUUACAGAUGUACCGAGUGCGGGAAGAGGUUCACCCAGUCGCCCCACCUCAAGUCCCACAUGGUCACUCACACCGGGGAGCGACCGUUCCUCUGCACUACCUGCGGAAAGAGAUUUACCCAGUCAUCCCACCUGAGGUCGCACAUCACACUGUUCCAUGUGGGCGAGAAGCCGUUCACCUGCGAUGACUGCGGGAAGAGCUUCACCAUUGCUCACUACCUGAAGAUGCACCGGCUGAGCCACACCAAGGAGAAGCUGUACCAGUGCUCCUAUUGUGAGAAGUCCUUCUCCUACCACAACUCCUGGAGGGCCCACGAAAGGAUCCACACAGGCGAGCGCCCGUUCAGCUGCCAGGACUGUGGCCAGAGCUUCAUUACAUCGGGCUCGUUGCUGAGCCACCAGCGAUCCAAACACACCGGAGAGAAGAGCCAUUACUGCAUCACCUGCGGAGAGUUUUUCUUCACCAGCUCGCUGCUGCGGGUCCACCAACUCGACCACACCGGUGAGCGGCCACAUGCUUGCAGCUGCGGCAAGACCUUCAAAACCAAAGGAGUGCUGCGCUACCACCUGAAGAGGUUCACUGACCACCAGCCGGCCAAGUGAGGCUGCCUGGGAGCACAUCUGGCAGAGGUUUUCAGAGCCCCCUCAUCCGCAGGGAGUGGAAGUGGGGGGGGUUGUAUGGAGAGACCACCAAAUGCUGAAAGGUGAAAGGGGACAGGUGCAUGCAGGUGUUGUAACAGCAGGAAGUUAGUUAUUGUAGUUUAUCAGCAGGUGGUGCUACAGCAGCGACUCACAGCUCAUGGAGAAAACACUUUGACAGGCUGCGCUAAUUUGCCUUUUCAGAGGCUCAAACACACGAAGAUGAAAUACAUAAGCUUCAGUCUCUGAUGUCCCUCCAGAACAAACCUCCAGUUAUCCACUUAGAAAUCAUCUUCAUGUUCUUAUCAGAUUUUUUUUGUUUUUGUUUAUUUUUUCUGGUUAAAUCAAGGUGAUCCGGUGAUGGUCGUCUGCUAACAGAAGCUGCUAACAGCUCACUUAAACGUACUAAAGGCAACUUGCUCAGAUGGAUCAGGUUAGCGAUGCAUCCAAGGAGCUGAUGGUCAUUUUAGGAAUUAUGUUCAGUGUUUAACUUUUUUUUUUUUUUUUUUUUUUUACAGAAAUGAAACGAAUUGUCAGGGCUUCUUUCAAAGCUGACUUGAUGUAACAGAACAAACCGAACACUGAGACGUAACACUAAGAAACGAUGAAUCUGCUUCGCUGUCGGAAACACUUAAGAGACCACACAGACGUUUUCUUUAUUUUUAUCAACUCCCAUCUGUUUGUGUCAUUCAAAAACCAGAAUCGUUGAAAGAAAACCAUCAGCUGCUUGGACCCAAAUCAGUUUUAAAGAAACAGACCAACAUUUUUAUUAAAUCAUCUUGCUCUCUCUCUUUUCGGGUCAGAUCAAAACACUGACAAGGAGGACAUUUUGGCAGGUCUUCUCUCCUAAGGACUGAGGUCCAGACUUGGCAUGAAGGCUCAGGUUUUUAGUCGUUGCCUGGAAUGAAAUCCAUUACACAGAUGUGGACUCGGGUCACAUGAUCAGGACAAAAUCUGAUGGCUGAAGUCCGAGACCAGACUCGUGACCCUUAUCUGUUUGAGUGUGAAGGACCUGACUUUGCCCUCGAGACCAAAGAUUAAAACAUUAAAAAGUCCAAACACAACAAACUCUCUCAACGUUAACAACUUCAGACCAGCACGCAAAUAAAGCCACGUUUGUCCUGACUUGGAACUUGCUGGUUGCGACUUGGUACUUUUUGGUCUUGACUUGGACCUGAUCUCAGACUUAAGUGAGGACUUGUGUGUCUUGCCUUGCAGCAGUCAGGACUUGUGGGAGACUGACUUGUGACUUGAAACACUGACUGUCCUCCUCUGGUCUCAUACUGAGUCUCUUUAUGACCACCGUGCUCCAGUGAGCUGAAAGCAGAAGUGAAUCAUAUGACGGCUGGCUCUCCAUGCAGAAACAUGUUCAAGCAGAAAUAAAACACGUUUCAUCCUGCAAA